UUCCUUGCCAGCUCCAGACUCCUAGAUCUCGAGCCCUUUCCAGAAUGGUGUUCCUUAUUUCUGUGCUCAUUGGGACACAGAUACUGUGCUCCCUGGCUGGCUAUCCUCCUUUUCAAGAACCUCCAUCGUCUCCCGGCCUGUUGAUGUCCCCACCAUGUAACAGUUCUUCAGUAAAGGCAGUUGCAGACCUGGCCCUAGACAAGCUCAAUGAAGACCGCCGGACAGGCUACGUCCUGGGACUCCAACGAAUCUUCUACGCCUACGAACUUGAAUGGCAAGAGACCGGGCUUGUCUAUUAUCUCACCCUGGAUGUGCUGGAAACGGAAUGUCACGUCCUAAGCAGGAAGCCCUGGAAGGAUUGUGGGUUUAGACCUGCACACGAAUCGGUGUAUGGGCAGUGCAAAGUAACCUUCUACAUAAACAAGCCGUGGAGAAUUCUUCACCUGUUCAACUACGACUGCAUUUUACAACCAAUCCCAGCAGCUGCUUUUCUAAGAACCUGCCCUGAUUGCCCAGUCCCUGGGAACCCAACUGAGCCCAGGUAUCUGGAGGCAGCUAUUCUGAGUCUUGCCAAAUUCAAUGCAGAAAACAACCACAUUCAUUACUUUAAGCUCCGCAACGUCACCAGAGCACGGUCACAGUGGGUCGUCGGUCCUUCAUACUUUGUGAGCUACGUUAUCCAGGAGACAUCCUGCUCCAAAAGCCAGGCUCUGGAAGACCUCUCCAAUUGUUCAUUCCUCCCGGAUGAGACAGCAGAUGUGGGUGUAUGCAAAGGCUCCGUGACAAACAGCCAGAUUGAACAUCGAAAGUUUAUCUCCGCUGACUGUGAAAUCUUCCACCCGCAGCCACAGGUCAAUGGGGGACAACAAACUGGAAACAGGAAACCUGGACAACAGAAUGGUGAGGAAAGCCAUGAGGACGAUGGUCAUUCUAAGGGCGGAAGGAAAGGACACCAUGAUGGUCACUCUGAGGGCAGAAGGGAAGGACACCAUGAUGGUCACUCUGAGGGCAGAAGGGAAGGACACCAUGAUGGUCACUCUGAGGGCAGAAGGGAAGGACAACAUGAUGGUCACUCUGAGGGCAGAAGGGAAGGACACCAUGAUGGUCACUCUGAGGGCAGAAGGGAAGGACACCAUGAUGGUAAUUCAGCGGGUAGAAGGAAAGGACACCGUGGUCACCACCAUCACCCUCAUGACCGCCACCACCACAAACAUCACAGGCAUCAUAAGAACGACUCACUUGAUCAAGAACCUGGGCAGGAUCAUCCCACUUCUGAUGUCUCUGAGACCUCACCACAUCUGGAGAAGACAGUGGGCCGGGUGGUAGUCCUUCCUUUAUCGGACACUCACGUAUCUCUCCACUCCUUACCAGAUAUCGAAGCCGAGCGAUUAGAUGGUGUUCCUGUCCCUCCUCGAUCACAGGGGCCCAAACCCAAUCCUCACCUUCCUGACAUUCAUGGUGCUCCUGACGAGAGCCGUCCACUGGGCAAACCAACGGGGCAUCCUGACAUGGCUAAGCCAGUUAGCCCGGUCGUCCCUCCUCCAUUCCCACCUGGGUUUGCACAAUUGGAAACCUGUCCGGGAGAAAUCCUAGUCAACAUUCAUGGCCUUGAGCCUUUACUGCCCAAAAUGCCUGCAAAGUUGUCACCAACAGAGAUCCCUUACUACCAAGCUAAAGAAAAAGUGAAACACUGAAAGGAUAUUCAGACUCACUGUCCUCUCUGAAUGAGAGAAGCAGGGGAAGGUGAGAGAGGGUAGUUUUUUGUGUUCUCACAUUAGCAGGGUUUCUUUUGUAACAGGAACUCCUUUUCAUAUUAGGCCACACCCCACUGAUGUAGCCAAUCCUCCAAGAGCUUACAGUAGGCCCUGUGAUAACAGCCCUGAAAACUCUUGGCCGAUUGGCUAAAUAAGAGGGGUGUGACCUAAUAUGCAAAGGAGCUCCUGCUACAAAAAAAAAGCCCUGCUGAUUAGGUAAUGUCAAGAUCUCCCAUUUAGUACUAAAUCAUGUCAGAGUGCCAAAGAAGGUUCCAUCACCUCGUCAUCUACGCAACCAGUGGAAUUUCCCCCUAAGUGAAUUCCUGCUUGCAUAUUUCCUGCGUUGUCGGAGCCCCACCAGACAUAAGCAGUCACUUCCCCCUUAUAUUGUUCACAUGUCAUGCCCAGGGCUAUUUUUGUAGCAGGAACGCCUUUGCAUAUUAGGCCACACACCCCUGAUGUAGCCAAUCCUCCUGGAUCUUACAGUAGGCCAUGUACUAAGAGCCCUGUAAGCUCUUGGAGGAUUGGCUACAUCAGGGGUGUGCGGCCUAACAGGCAAAGGAGUUCCUGCUACAAAAAAAAGCCUUCUGACUCUGUUAUGCAUAGGACAUGUAUACAGAAAGAGAUAGGGGGAUCUAAUUUCUACACUGAAAGAAUGUGUUAUCAGUAUCUGUGGCAGAUUGGUACCCUAAAAUGGCCCAGAAGCAAACAGCCCCACUGGAAUCAGUAACGCAUUGUUCCUUUUGCUGCAGGAAUGGGCAAUGAAGGAAUGUGAUUCGGGAAAUGAUGCUAUAUAUUCAGGGGUGGAAUUCUAGCAGGAGCUCCUUUGCAUAUUAGGCCACACCUCCCUGUUGUAGCCAAUCCUCCAAGAGCUUACAAGGCUCUUUUUUGUAAGCUCUUGGAGGACUGGCUACACCAGGGAGGUGUGGCCUAAUAUGCAAAGAAUAGAAUUGCUAGAAUUCCACCCCUGUAUCUGUUAAGUUCCAUAUGGCUCAAGGAGGCAAGUCUGAUUCCAUCCUGUUUGACAAAGUGUGGAUGCACGUGGACACUCACAGCCUGAAUAAAUCUUCAUUGGUCUUAAAGGUGCUAUUGGACUGUAACCUUGUACCCUCUCUAUUUCCCCUGUCCCAAGAUUCGCUGAGCAUCCCAUUUGCAUCUUAAUCUUUCAUCCUUCUCUCGAUAAAGUGUGUCGCUAUGAAGUUGAUAAAUGCCUUUGAUCAAA